GACGUUUAAACUGCCUCCAGGAAAGGCGGUUAGUUACCACAUGCCGACAACUUCGAGUCAGCAUACCAUAUGCAUGGCCUCCAAGACGAAUGCAAUCAUUCCUCCUGUCGCCGUUGCAACUGGCAGAGUGACACGAACAGCCUCAUUCGUUAUGCUACUACCGCCUGAAGAGCCCGAGAGAGGCUGCUCCCAAGCUGACAUUGGCAGAAAAUAUGGCGUUUGCAAACCAACACAACACAAUGAAGGUCCACGGAAAGUCCCUACGCAUGCGCACGUACCCCCAACGCGCUCUGUCACGUGGCGUGAGAACCUGCAAAGGAACUCUUCUGUUGGCAACAUUCUAAUGCCCGACUUCCUGUUUACUUCGUUGACGUCACCGAGCUUUUUCCUUUCUUGCGUCUUGCCGAAAAGCAAGGACUUUGCUUGUGUCGUUACAGGAAAUCAGAAAAUGGUGGUGUUGGUGAGGAGUCCGUUGUCCUCGGAGCUGCAAUGUCUGAUGUUGCCGGCUGAAGACUGGUCGGUUGGGGAUUUUCUCCGUUCCUGGUGCCAAGCGCAGGGGCUUCCUCAAGAUCACUUUUAUGUAAAGUGUAAUGGUCGAUGUAUUAAUUCUGGAGGUGUACUACAAGAUGGAGCUCUUUACAGCGUGGAACCAAGAUUAUGUGGUGGAAAAGGAGGUUUUGGAUCUAUGCUCCGAGCGCUUGGCGCUCAAAUUGAGAAGACAACAAACCGAGAGGCUUGCAGAGAUCUCAGUGGAAGGAGACUUCGAGAUGUUAACCAUGAAAAAGCGAUGGCCGAAUGGGUGAAACAACAAGCAGAACGGGAAGCAGACAAGGAACAAAGGCGUUUAGAAAGACUGAAGCGCAAAUUGGUGGAACCGAAGCAUUUUUUUACUAACCCGGAUUACCAGCAGCAGUGCCAUGAAAUGGCAGAGAGACUUGAAGAUUCUGUCUUGAAAGGUAUGCAAGCUUCUUCCAGCACGGUGGUUUCCCCAGAAAGCAGUGAGAGUCGAAAAGGGGUGGCUGAUUCUGGAACCGGACCACCAUCAGAGAAGAAAAGAUGUUUAUGGUUAGGUAUAGAAGGGGUGGACGAUCCUAACAGUUCAGAGGAUAGUAGCGAUGAAGAUGAAUCUCCUGGGACGUCAGGAAGAUGCUCCACGUCACCUGGCAGCCAUAUCAGUGUGACUGACAAUUUAAAUGAGUUUCCCAGGAUUUCAGAGGACUCUGUAAAUUGCAGUUCAGGCUCUGAUGAGAAGUCAGAAGAUCAAACAGAGAAUGCUAAAAAAGAUCUACUAGAAGAUCCAACUUCCAGUAAAAUUGUAGCCAAUGAGAAACAGAAAACAGCACAGAUUCUGAAAGAAGAAAAGCAUACAAAUGCCUCGUGUAGUGAAAAAGCUGCAAGUCAGCUUCAACAUGCAGAUACUGCAAGAAUCAAUCUGAUGGAAUUCAAUUCUGUUGCGGAACUGGAAGCCAUAGGACUAGACAAACUAAAGUUUGAACUAUUGGCCUUGGGACUAAAAUGUGGAGGUACUUUACAGGAAAGAGCAGAACGACUUUUUUCAGUGAGAGGUUUGGCUAGAGAUCAAAUUGAUCCUGCUUUGUUUGCUAAGCCUUCCAAAGGGAAGAAAAAAUAAAAAUGGCAGUAUGGUUUGUUUUUAUACACCAGGUUUUACAACAUUUCCCUUUUUCUGCUGCUUUAUAAAAUAUUAUCUUUCAAAAGCCAAUGAAAUGUAGGUUUGUAUAUUCCUUAAUGCUUUAAGAAUAACUUUUGUGAUAAUGUGAAAGUUGGUGGACAUCUAUUUUUUUCAAUUUGUUAGUGUUCAGUGAAAGACUAGUAUAUUUUAUAUUCAUGUUUAAGUGACAAACGGAACAGUGUACAUUCAUUGAAAAAGUCAAAAUAUUUUAUGAAGAACAUUUUUGCAAGGCUUAAAAAUUAAUAAAUUGUAAUUGUGUUUGAUAAAAAUUAAAUACAAUAUUUUAAUACAGAUAAUCAGAAUCAAACAUGGACACUGUUGAAUGUAUUCCAAUCAAGAAUUAACUUUGUAACUGCUACAAGAAUUCAGAUGAACAGGAAAGAGUGAUUGCUAUCAGUCUGGUCAAUUGCCCAUCAGGCAGCUUCUAUAGUAAUAACAUUCAGACCUUGAAAGUUCAGGCCUUUUUAAACUGUCAAAACUGGAUUGUUCUUUUAAUAAACUAAAUUGGAAUUAUAUAUAAGCCCUUCUGUUUUUGUCAAAUGUUAAUUAGUUUGCUCAUAACAAAGACUGGGCGCUUUUUGAAUUAUCCAAGGGUUGAUUUGCUCAUAACCAUAUAAAUGUGGAUUGAAUUCAGAUAAAAAUAUAUAAACAUCUCUCUUCUAUUAUCUGGUACCAUAUCUAAAAACCAAAACAAUGCAAUUAAAGGUCUUAAAAUAAAACUAGGGAUAUCCAAGUUCAUAUCCCCCUUUGAUGCUGACUUCAGACCAGUCGCUCACUAUAAGCCCAAAGUAU